AUGUCGCUGUCAGACGUCUUGCGCGAGCAGGCCAUAGGCAAAUUCAAGCACUGCUACAUCCGCUACCAAGCGCUGCUGGUGCAGCUGCAAGCCGACGCGGGCGCGGGUCCCAGCCCCGGCUCCGAGGUCCUGCUGCGCCACCUCCUCGCCGCCUACGGCGGCACAGACGGCUCUAGCUGCGCCGCUGCGGCAGCCGCAGCGGCGCGCCUUCUAGACCCGCAUGCCCAUGGCAGCGUCGCGCCAGGGCCCGCGUUUGAGCGCAGCUAUGCCCAGGAGGUGGAGCGGCUGCGCCUGUUUGUGAAGAGCAGCCUGGAGCAGCUCUGGCUGGCGCUGCUGGAUGCAUGCGCCCAGCUGCGUGGGCUGAGCGAGGAGCUGCUGCAGGCGGGCGCGGUGGCCGCGGGGCGGUCGCGCCAGCUGAGUGCUCGCCUGGCGGAGCUGCGCGGCGGCUUUGACGCCACCGCCGACGAGGUGGUGCUUAUGGAGCGCUUUGUGCGGCAGAAUGUGGCCGCCUGCGCGCAGCUGGCACAGAUGUACGAGCAGCAGCACCAUUGGCAGGGCCCCGACGGUACUGCCACCAGCGGUACUGCCGCCAGCGAGCUGCCACUUGAGGCUGUGGAUGGGGCCUACCUUGCGGCCGCGCAGGCGGCGCUGCUGGGGGAGCUGCGGCUGGAGCCGCUGGUGGUGGGGCUCAGCGACGCAUACGAGCUGUGCAGGCAAGGGCGUGGCGUGGGGCUGGUGGAGAGCGAUGCGGCGGCGCUGGCGGGGCAGCCCGCCAAGUGGGUGCCGCCCGACAAGUUCCAGCGCGUGACGCGCAAGUUCUGGCUGCACCCCGCCGACGUGGCGGCCUUCAAGGCGCGGGUCAUCCGCCACCUGCCCGUGCUCAUCUUCGGGGACAGGCGCAAGCUGACAGAGGGCAGCCCCUACCACGUGGCAUUCCUGCGGGACCAGGCCGCCGUCACCGACUCUGCUGAGGUGUCCUCGGUCUAUUAUGACGACCCGGCCGCCCUGCCCUCCUACCACGACCGCCUGCGCAAGGAAGAUGAGGCCAGCGUGGUGCGCCUGCGCUGGUACGGCGAGCGCCGCCUGUCCCCCGACCAGCGCCUGUUUGUGGAGCGCAAGGUGCACCGCGAGCGGUACACGGGAGAGCUGAGCUACAAGGAGCGGGCGCCCAUGGCGCAGCGCCACGUGGCUGCCUACACAGGCGGUACAGGAGGCCCGCCAGAGAUGCUGCUGGGCGGCAGCAGCGGCGGCGGCAGCUACUCCCAGGAGCAGCUCGACUUCCUGCGGGACACGCAGCGCUUCCUGUCGCAGCGCCGCCAGGAGCCGCUGCUGCGCACCUGCUACCGGCGCACUGCCUUCCAGGAGUCGAGCAACAACCAGGUCCGCAUCAGCCUGGACUCGCAGCUGCACAUGGUGCGGGAGGCGGGGGCGCCGCGCGCCCCGGGAGACUGGUGCAGGGACAUGUCGCAGCCGCUGGCGGGCGCCGCCGACGCCGCCUACUUUCCUUACGCGGUGGUGGAGAUCAAGCUGCAGGCGGCGCCCCCGGACUGGGUGCAGGGCCUGUUGGAGACGGGCAUGCUGCUGCCGGUGCCCAAGUUCUCCAAGUUCCUGCACGGGACCGCGCUGCUGUUCCAGGAGCGCUGCCGCAACGUGCCCUACUGGUUCCUGCCAGGCAAGCCGGGAUACCGCUGCUCGCUGGGGUGGUGGCCCCGCGGGAUGCUGUGGUGGGAUGGGGGCAGCCUCCUCCUGCGUCCAAGGCCGGGGCAUGAGGGCGACCCGCGGCGCAUGAGCCCCGCCACCUGGGAGGAGAUGGCGGACCCGGCAGACGAGUACCUGCAGAAGGGCGCCUCCUGGCUGUUCCCUCGCGACAAUGGCGGCCCUCUGGAGCCCGAGCCGGGCUCCCCCACCGACCCGCCGUACCGACCCUCCCCGCUGCGCUUCCUGCGCCGCAACAAGACUGCGCCCGCGGCCGGCGGCGGCGGCGGCAGCCUCAGCGGUAGCGGCGGCAGCGGCGGCGACCACGGUCCAGCAGCCCAGGAGGGCCAAGGGAUGCAGCUGGCCCCCACCUCGCGGCCGGCUGCCCGCACGCUGCUGGCGCCGGGGCAGGGGCUCCAGGCUCGGAGCCUGCUGCCGCCGCCGGCUGCCGGCCCGUACUAUGCGGCAGUGGUGGCGGCGGCGGCGGCGGCGGCAGGGGAAGCCACGCCAGCCGGUGGCACCAUGCAGGGGGCAGUACAGGGCGCGGUACAGCGCAGCACCACCUGGCCGGUGUACCAGAGCCCGCCCGCGCUGCCGCCGCCGGGCGCGGCGCCAGGCCACGCAGGCCACGCCAGCCAGCCCUCGGCGCCGGGCCAGCCCAACGGAGCGGCGGCGGCGGCGGCGGCUGCGGCUGCGGGCGGCGGCGGCCGCGUGGCGCGCUCCUCCCCAGCCCACUCCCAGACCUCCACCCCCAUGGACAGCGCACAAGACCUGGAGGCAGGCCAGCCUCCCGCGGAAGCAGAUGAGGGCGGGGCUGGCAAGGGCGGCGGCAAGCGCGGCGGCAGCAGCAAGGGCAGCGGCAAGAAGCGGGCGUCCGCGUCUGCGGGCAAGCCGGCAGCCUCCUCCUCCCCUGCCUUUGCCGCGCUCGAGUAUCGGCUGGCGGCGCCGCCCGCGGGCGGCAGCGGCUCGGGCGCGGCAGCGGCGGCGCCCAGCGGGCGCGUCAAGGCGCUGGUGCGCACGCGUGUGGAGCCCAAGACUUUCUUCGCCAACGAGCGCACCUUCCUGCAGUGGCUGCAGAUCAGCGUGCUCAUCAUGAUGACCGCCACCAGCCUCCUCUCCGGCACCGGCAUGCUCGUGAGCGCCACCGGGGCCAGCUCCGCCGCAGGCCUCAGCUGCGAUGCCAGCACCGAUAAGGCCUGCUUUGCGUCCAAGGCAAGUGGGGCAGGAUGGAACAAGGGCUGGGCUGGUGCACUGUCUGGCGCCAUCAUCGCGCCCGUGGCGCUGCUGUUCAUGGCGUACGCGCUGGCGAUGUACAGGCACCGCACGUGGCAGAUCCUGCGGCGGGAGACGGUGCGGUACGACGACCAGCGCGGGCCCGUACUGCUGGUGGCCAUCCUGCUGGCGGUCUUCCUGCUGUCGUACAUACUGGCCAUGGUGUGGAUCUUCUGA